AUGGCGGCGAACGGAGUAGCUCCGGCGACUCGUCAGCACUCACAGAAAGAAGCUGAUAUUCUGAUGAUGUUAGCGGCCGAUGUACACCUUGGUACCAAAAACUGCAAUUAUCAAAUGGACCGUUAUGUCUACAAUAGACGCAACGAUGGCAUUUACAUCAUCAACUUAGGACAGACAUGGGAUAAGCUUCAGUUGGCUGCUAGGGUUAUUGUGGCAAUCGAAAACCCGAAAGACAUUAUUGUUCAAUCAGCUAGGCCUUAUGGUCAGAGAGCUGUAUUGAAGUUUGCUCAGUAUACUGGUGUUAAUGCAAUUGCUGGAAGACACACUCCUGGUACUUUCACUAACCAGAUGCAGACUUCUUUCAGCGAGCCAAGGUUGUUGAUCCUCACUGACCCGAGAACCGAUCAUCAGCCAAUUAAGGAAGGUGCUUUGGGAAACAUUCCAACCAUUGCUUUCUGCGACACGGAUUCUCCAAUGGGAUUCAUCGACAUUGGUAUUCCUGCUAACAACAAGGGGAAACACAGCAUUGGUUGCCUUUUCUGGCUUUUGGCUCGUAUGGUUCUUCAAAUGCGUGGAACCAUUCGUCCAGCUCAGAAAUGGGAUGUCAUGGUGGAUCUGUUUUUCUACAGGGAGCCCGAAGAGGCAAAGCAAGAAGAGGACGAAGAAGCUGCACCACAGAUGGAAUUUGGUCUGCCUGCUCCAGAAUAUGGAGUUGUUGGUGGGGACCAAUGGACCACUGCUGCGAUCCCUGAUGCUGCAUGGCCUGGUGAAGCCGAACAACCUAUCUCUGCUGCACCUACAGUUGGAGAUGGAUGGGAUGCUGCUGUUCCACCACCAGCUGCUGUUGCAGCCACCGGUUGGGCUUAA